AUGUAUCCUCAGACAACAUCAAGGUCAUCAGCAUCUUCUGGUAUUGGUUUGUCAUUUGAAGACAAUAAUGGUUCCUUGUUUCUUGACAGUAACUCUUGCUCUCAGAAUAUGUGUAUGGACAAUAAUGUUUUCCAAUAUCCACCAAACCAUAAUGUGGUUGAAGUUACAAAAUCAGAUUAUGAGUCAUGCCAGCAAACAAAUCCAAUUCAAUCUUCCAAUGAUGGUGCCACAACCAUUCCUCUCACAUCACAAGGCAAAAGAUACUUCAUUUGUGGAACAAUAGGGCAUUGCAGCCAAGGAAUGAAAGUUGAAAUAAACACACUUGCCACUCAAAUCUCUCCUACCUCUCCAGCUACAACAUCUCCUCCAACAGGAGCAUCUCCUCCAAUAGCAGAUUCUCCAAUUGUUUCCAUCAUUCCCUCUGCAGCUCCACAAGAAACUACUACUCCUUCACCUGCAGAAUCUCCUGAAUCACCAAGUCCCUUGUUCCAAACACAAAUGGAAACUCCUACAUUAUCUCCGGUUAUUCCUUCCACUGAAUUGACAUAUGUGAAGCAAAACAAAAGUAUAAAAGCAUGA